UUUAGUCCUUUUGCAAGGCUUCAUUCUAUCGGAUCGCUUGCAAGCUCUGCGGAUAGUGUGAAAUAUUUAUCGCGCGCAGUGCCAGCUGAUGCUUUGCGCCAUCUGCCAAGAGGAUACUAUCUGAUACAUUUGAAAAAGCUGUUGUUACAUUGCCAGUGUCCUCCGUACCUUCGACUGCUUUGUAUGUACCAUUUCGGUGUAGGGUCGUAAAAAUAAGUGCGAAUAGUAUUGUGACUGGGACGAGGGCAAUCUGAUUUCAUGUUUGUUUAUUCCACCAGAUGACGUUCCGUGGGGGCUAUUCCCAUCGAUAGCGAAAGAAACCGCUCACGAUGCUAUCAGCGGCACGUCUGGGAUUCGGCCCGGUUUGGUGGAAUGCUCCGAUCUUAUGAUAAAAAUAAAUCAACGUUGACUUAUUGAAAGCUUUGCCCAGUAAGGUUCAUAAUUCUCAAAUCAAACAACCAAGGAAAAACAAUCAUUUAUAGUGCGUCCGAAGAAAAUUACUGGUAAUGUGGACGGGUUUGUUAACGGGAAAAUUGAUUCCGGCAAACGAUUAGGUUGAUUUUCAUAAAUUCUGUACGCGCCGAAAGUGAAGAAUGGAAUUACUUGAAUCUAAAUGAGUUUCUUUCCUUCCAACGACAAUCUAUCAUCAAAGCAAAGCAAAAUGCAAAUACAAAACCUAAACAUUGAGGAUUACUGGUGACGAUUUCCUUAAACGGAUAAAUGAAUAUCAAGCGUACACAAAUGCGAUAGCAAAAAGGUGCUUCCCAAGCUCCAGUGCCAUCCAGUUCCGCAGCGUCAAAAUAGUUUCGGCUUGUGCAUACAGUGCUAUACGGUAUGAGUGAAGGGUGAGUCUCACCUACUUGUUGUGGCAACCGAUUGAAGAAGGUUCAGCCAAGAAAGUAAUAAUGUAAUAAAUUUCUGUAGAAAGUACAAUUCCGUGACAAUCGGCGAUAAAAACAUUUCAAACAAAGAAUACCUAAAGUGUAAAAACCGGCAGAACAAGCUAAAGCAGAAAAUAAAACGGAAAGGAAAUCUCUCCGCCCUGUGUUUCCUACUUCAGGGAGAGAGCCGGAGGCACCCCCAGCUCUUUUCUUCGUACAGACCGCGUGGUCAUGCCAGCUGCCUUCGGAAAGUGUGAGAGCAAAAUAUUUAUUAUGCAAGACUAAAGUGAAGUGAGAAAAUUCAAAGUGUUUUAUUUUUCCUGCACUCAUCCGUUCUUUGUCUGUUUCGGUUUGGCCGCUGUUGUCGGUUGAAUCUGCUGCUACUGGGGUGUACUAACCCGAAUCCACAAACCGUUCACCCGGUGUAGGUAGUAUAUGGGUUGUGCUGAUGGUGGCGCUUAUCCUUGGCUUCAGUGCAACCGUCAUCGACACCGGAUUAUCACCGUCAUCAUCAUCAGCAUCACCGUCAUUAGACAAAACCGCCAACCAUACUCAUCAACUUUACGACGAGCGGUGCGCUUGAAUACAGUAAGUUCAACCUCUAGGAAAGGGUUUUCUAGCCUGCAGUGCCAGCACCACGUGGAAAAUUUAUUCGUAUAACUGCUACCCCCAAUCUCAAGUACAAUUACACACACCAAACGAGAGCUUCAACCAAGUACCAGUGCUCUACAGCAUAGAGUUUCUACCCUGCUACUCCAAGGAAAAGAAAUUCGUCGCCAUCGGGAAGAGAACGAAGUUUACCUGCUAUAAGUUGAGCAUGAAAGCAUCAAAAUCGAGUGCAAUGCUGCUUGCAAGUGUUUUACUGAUUUUAAAUGGAUUUCUCAUCACAAGCACGCACAGUGAAGAAGAAGAGCCGGCCGAUGAAAAUAACUCGUAUUUUUUAGACAGAGAUUUGCCCAAGUUCGGCGAGCCCAUUCAAAAUCUGACGGUGGCGCUAGGACGCGAAGCAGUUCUGAUCUGCGUGAUUGAUAAUCUCCAAACGUACAAGGUCGCCUGGUUAAGGGUCGACACACAGACGAUUCUGACGAUACAGACGCAUGUGAUAACCAAGAAUAGCCGGAUGACGAUAACUCGCGUAGAGGGACGUAAAUGGGUGCUUCGAAUAAAAGAUGUUAAAGAGUCCGACAAAGGUUGGUACAUGUGCCAAGUGAACACGGAUCCCAUGCGAAACCAGAUUGGCUUCUUGAACGUCGUUGUACCGCCAAACAUCUUAGACUACCCUACCAGUACGGAUAUGGUAGUGCGCGAGGGUAGCAACGUGACACUAAAAUGUGCUGCGUCUGGUUCGCCUCAGCCGUCCAUUAUAUGGCGACGCGAGGGAAACGAACCAAUUAGUUCUGGAGCGUCCAGCUUAAACACCUCGGUGUUUUCAAUCGCCCGGGUUAAUCGACUGAACAUGGGUGCUUAUCUCUGCAUCGCUUCUAACGGCAUACCGCCAUCAGUCAGCAAACGAGUGAUGCUGAUAGUGCACUUCCCUCCUAUGAUAUGGAUCCAGGAUCAGCUGGUAGGAGCUGCAUUGGGUCAGAAAUUGACACUCGAGUGCAACUCCGAAGCGUUCCCCAGAUCAAUCAACUACUGGAUGAAGAACGAAACAAUCAUAACGCAAGGCAAACGGUUCGAGCCAUCGACGCACGAAGCCAGCAAUUACAAGGUGGUGAUGAAGCUGACGAUAAAGGAGGUGGACAUCAGUGAUUUUGGCACAUAUAAAUGUGUGGUCAAAAACUCACUCGGCGAGACUGAUGGUUCAAUUAAAGUGUAUCAUAUUCCAUCGACCACAACAACGCCUACCAGUCCGCCAAGCACCACCACCCUACCUACCACAACCGAAGCUUAUUAUCGCAAAAACUAUAAAAACAAAGUCUACAGGCCACUAGACGAGUACUCAUCUUCGUCCAACAAAAUCCUCGUAGGUGAUAGUGGUGAAUUAUGGAACAUUGAACUAUCGAAAGAUAAAGAAAGAGACCGCUACAGGGAAAACUCAGCCGCCAACCUCGAAGACCAACGCGAAAAGGAAGCGUUCGUCGACAACGAGUCUAAAUCAAGCACCGGCUCGCCGCGGUACACGUUACUGAUGGAAUUUAAACUACUCCUCGCGUUGCUUAUGAUCUUUCAUCUAAGGUGAUCAAACGUGUAAAAUUGUUAAAAAAAGGCAGAAAAAAAUAUAUAUGCUAAAUAAAUUCGUUUGAUUCAACUAUUUACUAGAUGCUAAUUCCAAUAGAAUCAAAUUUGGAGUAAAUCGUAGAUUAGAACAAUCAGAGCGUAUAAUACAUACUACAUGAGAAUAAUAAGUAAAGAAAAGCUCCGACAAAUUUCAACUGUGCAAAUAAUGUUAUAUAACACAA